AUGCGACUUGUGUCCAUCUACCUAUCUAUUAACAUACUCCUUCUAUCACCCCAGAAGGUGAUAUCCGCUCCCGUUUACCAAUAUGAUCGUGAACCUCAAGCCACUGAGGCGUUUGCAUCAAGAGACUAUUUUUAUGUUGGUGGCGAAUAUGUUACUAUUUCAACCAAUAAUACUAUAUUCGUUAAUCAGAUGUAUGUGGAACAUAUCGUUCCAAGCCGAAUCGAACAACCAUAUCCCAUUGUGUUUAUCCAUGGUCAAGGCAUGACCGGUACCAACUGGCUCAACAAACCCGAUGGAUCGCCUGGCUGGGCAUCGUAUUUCCUAACCAAGGGCUAUGAAAUUUAUAUCCUGGAUCAAACGGCAAGGGGCAGGAGUGCUUGGAACCCAAGUGGUAAUACAACAUUAACGACUUAUUCUGCGGAGAGGAUCAUGCAAAGAUUCACGGCGACAGAGAGGUAUAAGCUAUGGCCUCAAGCGACACUGCACACUCAGUGGCCUGGUAAUGGCUCAAUAGGCGACCCCAUCUUCGACGCCUUCUACGCCUCAAACGUCCAAUUCCAAUCCAAUCCCAUAAUACAACAAACCAACAUGCAAAAAGCAGGAGCGGCACUCCUCAAUCGGACUGGUCCGGCGGUGUUACUAAGUCAUUCGCAAGGCGGUCUUAUGUCUUGGGUCAUCGCGGAUGUAGUCCCGGAAUUGGUUAGAGCUAUUGUGUCGAUUGAGCCGACGGGUCCGCCGUUUCAAGAUGUGCUGUUUCCGACUAUGAUGAAGGGGGGGUUAGCGAGGGACUGGGGGAUUGCGGAUUUGCAGUUGGUGUAUGAACCGGAGUUGGGGGGAGGGAAGGUUUUGGAGAAGGUGUUGGUGAGGAAUGAAGGAGCGGGAGCGGGGGAGAGAGAUGGAGAUGGAGAUGGAGAUGGAGAUGGGGAAUUAGAAGUAGAAGUACGGGAGUGUUGGAUGCAGGUGAAGCCGCCGAGGAUCCUGAAGAAUUUGAGGGGAAUAAAGGUCUUGCUGGAGACGGGAGAUGCUAGUUUUCAUAUGCUCUAUGAUGGCUGUACGGUAAUGUAUUUGAGGCAGGCGGGGGUGGACGUGCAGUGGAUGAGGUUAGGUGAUGAGGGGAUUUAUGGGAAUGGUCAUAUGCAGUUUUUGGAGAAGAAUAGUGAUGAGAUUGCAGAGGUGUUGGAUGGGUGGACUAGGAGGGCUGUAGGGGGGACUUUGAAGAGGGGUGAGGUGAGAUAG